AUGGAAGAACGUAUUAGUAGUUCUUACGUUGAAUUGAACAAGACACCAAAGAGUUUACAAACUACUCGUAUGUCAAAUGCUAGUCACUUGUCUCGGAAUCGACAGAGUUUUCUAAGUCAAAGUCAGAGUCAUGCACGUAGUCGAGUGCUCUCUCAUAGUCUGAAACCGUACACGGAUUCAGAUGCAAACGAGUCCAUUUUGCGUGCCAAUGCUCCACCUAAUUACACGGGUGGUUUCAAUGAAAUUAUGAACCAAAUCAGGGCCAAGAACUACUACACGCAGCAAUUCCAACGGAUCCAGCAACAAACCAACAUGAGUCGAUUGCUUUACUUUUCAAACGUAGCUCCUACGUUCUACGAAUCGAAUUAUCUGGCAAUUGUUCAAGACUCGUCCGUUUACCGAGUCCGUGCGUGUUUUUUCAUUGGACUUGUGGGACUUACGACACUUUACAUGAAUGAAUGGCGAUCGGAUAAAUGGUCCAAGUCUGAAACAAAUGGACGUUCAGAUGAGGACGAGACGGCCAUUAUGGUGAUGACAUUUGGAGUCAUGUUGCCAACUUUUUUGUUGGGAUUUCUUGCUACGUUUACGAGCAUUGGACGGAAGUACUUGGAAAAUGUCACUGCAAUAGUUUUCGUAGUUGUUGCUGCUAUGAUGAUUGCUAAGAAACCAGUCGAGAAAGUCAAAGGGCCGGUGAUUCCGUUGCUUAUUUUGCUCAUACCCGUCUUUGGUAUCACUAGAAUGCGUUACGUGAAAUCGUGUUGCAUCGGUUGGGGCUGUUUUUUCAGCUACUUGAUCGUCAUGAUGAGUGUGCGUAAUACGCUUCCAGUGCCCAGUACCUUUGACUCGUACACGGAUAUCUCGUACCAGGCCAUUAAUUAUGGCAUCACAGCUAUCGGUGGCAUGGUGUCACAAUACCGUCAAGAAUUGCUGCGUCGUCGCAACUUUUGUUUGCAGUUGCCAUUCUCGGGUACGAUGAAUGCUGAUGCUGUUGCAGAGAUCAAGACGGACAAGUUUAGCAAGAAGACGCUCAUGCAUCGCUGGUCACUCAAAUUCCGUCACCCGGAAGUCGAGGAGUGUUUUUAUCGCUACUGGUAUCUCAUUGACCCGUUCCCGUACGAGAAUCCAAACUCGGGAUCACUGCACCAGGGUGUAUUCCGUACUAUUCGUUUCGCCGUUUGGACGCUGCUGUUGAACCAACUUGUGCUGUUGUUGCAAGAUAUAAAGUUUCUCAAGGUCACGAAGGACAGUUUGGUGGAUGACAGCGAUUUGACGUACGCUCUGGUGCUUCGAUUCGGUGUGACAGUGCCGCUUUACUUUUCGGCGGCGUUGUUCAUGUACUUCCUUGGAAAAGCUUUUUAUGCUCGAUGGGUGAAGGAGUCGGAAGAUGCCAAGAAUGCUGCGCUUACACGAGACUCGAUGGUUUCGGUUGGCAUUAAAUACUCUGACGCGGAUCUUGAGCGCAAGAGUGACAUGUUGGUUGAGGUCGCUAGAUCAACGCAGGGCACACCGCGCAUGAAGGUCGUUGUGGAAGCAGCACAGGUCAAGUAUGCGACCAAGGAACGUGUUUAUGACAUCCUCAUUAACAAAGGCGGAUACGUUCGAUCGACGCAGAUUUUCUCGUCGGUUGUAAUUGCCUGUCAUGUAUGCUGCAUGGGUAUUCUUCUGCUCGCUGUAUCGACAGGUCCGAAAGUUGACGCGUACUUGAAAACGCAGAAAACGGUUCCCGGUCAACCCAAGCCAGUGUACUACAUGGGCUUUUUGAAUGCGGUGCUCUUUGCUCAUCGCUCGGGCUUUCGUGUGCGCUUUAUCUAUGCGACGUACACGACGUUUGUUGUAGCAUUGGGCAUCAUUAUCGCUGCGAGCAGUAUGUCACCGGCUCAUUAUCAGCAGUACGCAGGUUACGUGUCCGUGAUUUUUCUCAUGGGAAUGAUGAUUUCGCACGAGGAGGAGAGUCUGCGUCGUACAUUUUUCGUGCUCAAGUCAAUUCGUACGCUUGAGUUUGAAGAGUGGUUUAGCGUUGUGCUACGCAUUCAAGGCUGGGUCAAAGAACGCUUUCGCAAGAAAUUGCGUGACGUGCGUUCCAAGGGUAGCAAGGAUAUGGACAAUAGUCGGAACAUGGCAACUGCUGCGCCAGUGAUCAUCAAUACUUCGGCGCAGAUGGCCUUUGCUUCGAGACUUGGAAUGUACUCGCAGAUGUUCAACAUCAUUAUUGCUAUCGCAGACGUCAUCACUAGCAGUCUGUAA